CGUAAAACCACAGGUAUAGGUUCUGCACGUGGACUUCCCCGAAUCCGGUCAGCAAGGACCAACCGUGAAUGCCACGGCGCUGACUGGGCGGCCGUAUCCCCCAAUCAAUAAUUCGGGCUCUCGGAGGUGCCACAGGGACGCCGGAACCCUUCUCUGUACCGCCUUAUACAGGCCAGAUGAUGUCAGUUUUGCUAGAGCUACACUUACGAUUGCGGCCCUGGAAAAGUCCCUGCUCAUCACAAACACACUCUCACACACUCUCACACACUCCCGGCCUGCCAGGUGCCUGCGGUGCCUCUUCCGCCACGGGGUCGGCAAGGUUCAUGAGGUCUCUAGUCUAUAUAGAGAUACAGACAGCAUCUUGGGGCGAGUCUCGCUUCGGCUGCGCUGACGUCUCUUCCCCGAGUCUAGACCGCUACAGAUUGGAGGGAAUAUCUCGCAACCAGUCAGCUCCAGUCAGGGCACCACUGGGCAUUCUGUCGACAGGGUUUAGCGUCGUCACCCGAGUCCCACGUCGAGGACACACCAUCCCGGUCACGGUUCUGACGUUGAGCGGUGGCAGGCCUGGCAGCUGAAGCUCAGGCCAUGUCUGGGGGGCAACGGGGUGCGAGGGGUCCGCUGCGAAAGAGAUUCCCAUCCUGAAUUGAAGGAAUCCCAUCCUCCCUAAAAAGGGUUCCCGCGGCCGAGUUUUUGCUUUGCUGCUGCCAUCAUCAAACCAGGUGUUGCCUCCCCUUUUACAGCCAAACCUUGGCUGUCGCCCUUAUAUCCUACCUAUCUUCCCGGCUUAUUAUUCGUCUCAAAUCAACCUACCUCUCGCCAAUCUCGCAUAUACUCAUAUACUCGGACGGUGGUGUCGUUGAUGUUUUUUUGAUCCCUCAACACACCCGACAAAGUUCUACUUGUCUCGCGACCCGGCAAUGUGCAGCGCCAGAAGGGGUCCUCAUCGAUGUGCUGCUGCGUUGCUUUACAUUAUUUCCUAGUCGGUCAACUCGCAGCCUCCCCCUAAAAAGAGAGCCUACGAACCAUACACCCCUACUGCGACCCAGCAGCAAACCACACCACUCACACCAACUAUUCCGUACUAUUUACCAUGUCUCACGGGCCUCCUCCCUCUCUGUCGGGGAGCAACUAUUUUGGCUAUGGCACGAGCUCCGUGGGCGGCGUUACUAUGAGCGGUGAUCCGAACGACAUGAUGUCGCUGCUGGACAGUUCCAUGUUUCCCCCAUUUGACGACAACAUGUCCAUGAGCCUCGACGCCCAGCAGCCCUUCAACCCCUCAGGCCCCGCCGCCGUACAGCCCUCCCCGUCAGCAGGCUUGGCGCCGUCGGUCGACCUGCCCUUCUCCCCGGACGACUCGUCAUCCACCGCAAACGUAGGCGGCGGCGGAGGAGGAGGAGGAGGGCCCGGCGCCGGCCCCCUCCCCGUCGCGACGUUGGGAUCCGGAAAUGGGGGUGGGAGUGGCGGCUCCAACACCACGGCCAACACGGUCACCGAGUUCACCAAGCGCCGCAACUGGCCCGCCAAAGUCGUAGAAGAGCUCCAGGACUUCCUCCACAUCCUCGACGCCAACGGCCGCAUCAAGCAUGUCUCCCCCAGCGUUGAGAAACUCACGGGCCACAAGCCGGCCGACCUCCUCGACGUCUUCCUCAAAGACCUGAUCCACCCCGACGACGUCGGCGUCUUCACCUCGGAGCUCAACGAGUCCAUCGCCUCGGGCUCCCCGCUCCGAUUGUUCUACCGCCUCCGAAAAUCUGACAACAAGUACGCCAUCUUUGAAUCCGUCGGCCACGCCCACAUCGCCGCCGCGAAGUUCGCGCCCAACCCCAACAACCAAUCCCCCUUUUGCCAGGCCGUCUUUAUGAUGUCCCGUCCGUACCCGACCAAGAACGCUGGGUUUUUGGACUCGUUCCUGGAGCACAAGAUUGAAAACGAGCGGCUCAAGCGCCGGAUAGCAGAGCUCAAGCGGGAGGAGCAGGACGAGGUGGAGGAGUCGCACCGCACGUGGCGGCAGAGUCAGGAAGGAAGAUCGGACAUCACCCCUUCUGACGCGGACACGUCCACUUUCUUUGGUGGUGGGGGCGCCAAGCCGACGGCCACGUCGCCGAUGUACACCAUGUCUGGGAAUGCCGCCGCCUCGACCGACAUGCCGCCUCCCAACUUGCCCGCGAGCGCCAGCGCGGCUGCGGCUGCUGCUGCCGCCGCCGCGGCCGUGAGUCUGACGAGGGAGGCGCUGGAGGGGAUGACGGGGAGCAACAGGCCGGAUUCGAUCAGGGACAAGAUGGCGCGGUACGAAGGCGGGACGCACGUAGACACGAUCGAGAUGCUCACCGGGUUGCGGUACCAGCAGGGGGAGAGGAGCAGGGGGAUCACGACGGGGAACGCGAGCCCGACGCUGGUGAAGGGGGAUGCGGGGAUCGCGAUACCGGCUGACAGGGACCCGAGAGGGGGAGGGGGGGAUAAGAAGAAGAAGUUGAAGGUGACGGAGGAGUAUGUUUGUACCGAUUGCGGAACGCUUGACUCGCCCGAAUGGCGCAAGGGACCCAACGGUCCGAAGACGCUCUGCAACGCCUGCGGUCUGAGGUGGGCGAAGAAGGAGAAGAAGAGGAAUAAGGACAAUAGCAAUAACAGCAAUGGGGGAACCGGUAACGGCAACAAUGGUGGUGAUCAUCAUCAGAUUGAGAAUGUUGGUUAAACACACACAAACAUCUACCUGAGAACUCGUCACAAUCGGUUAUGGUGUUUUGUGCAACCCCCUCCCUUCGCUUCAGUUUGGUGGGUGAGAAAAAGUGAAAAAGCAAGGCAGGAUGCAUGCAGGGUCUUUCUUUUUCUUUCUUUCCUCUCAUCACUCUAGCAGUGACAUUUUCCCU